CAGAUCUUGCAACCCUGAUGUCUCUGUUCAUGCAGCCGGUGUUGCGCACAGCUGUCACAUUUUGACGCUUCACUGGUGGAGAGAGGCUCUCUUCUUUGGUCACAGUAGCGUUCCUUCUCGGGCUCAAGUAAGAGGAUUCAAGCGAAACUUAAGACCUGAUCACCUGAUCAGACUUUGUGCUGCAGGAGAGACUGCAAUCCAGAGCAAGAAACGGACGACAAAAGCUUUUCCUUCAUACUUUAUCCCAGAUGGGAAGUGGCUGAUAGCUUGACAAAGAGAGAAAAAAACCAUGGAUGAAAAUUCUCUGAUACUUUGACAUAGAGAGGGAAAACAUCAUGGCUGACACACCUGGGGGAUCACCCAAGGAUUGGACUGAAUCCCAAGUAAGCUCCUGGCUAAGAUCAAUCAAAGUGAAAGACCACUACAUAGAAAAGAUCUACAAGGAAGAAGUCGAUGGAGAAAUUCUUCUCACACUUGACGAAGACUUUCUGAAAUCAAAGAUUGACAUGAAAUCAGGGCCUGCUCAUUUAAUUCUUCAAAAAAGAGAUGAGCUUCUCAGGUCCCUGCAAAAAUGUGAGGAGAAAAAAAAGAUGCACAGUGGCAAAAAAGCUGCGGUGGAGCAAAAGAGCAGUCACAAAUCUGUUCAGGAUCUUUCCAGAACCAGUGAAAAUCAUUCAGAGCAGGUUCAUCUGAGUCAUCAAGGCUUAUUGGAGGAAAGACAAGUUGCUCAGCCAAAAAGCUUGCGAACUUCAAAAGAAGACUGCAAGCCAAGGCCAUUUGAUCAAGAUGACACUGAUUUCAUUUAUGAGAAGCACAGAGUCCUGCGACCCGAAUCAGGUGCUUUUAAUCUGAUAUCUCCAUGCCAUGAGUUCAAAUCUUUUGCUGUGGCUGCAGGACUGGACCGCACAAGACUGCAAGCUAAGUUUGCCAAAGAGGUUUUGAAAUUCGCGACUGGCUGCAUGAACAUCAGAACAAAUGGCACAAUACACUUUGGUGUGAUGGACAGCAAGGAGGAUGCAGGAUAUGUUCACGGUGAGAUCAUUGGUAUCCCUGUACAAGAGAAGGACAUUUAUGUUGAUGCCUUGGAUUACAUUGAAAGGUGUUUCUCCUCUGACAAGGAGCAUCUACGUCAGUGUGUGCGACCGCCAAGGUUCAUUGAAGUAAUGGAUUUGGUCAACACAGAAAAGAGUUACGUAGUGGAGGUUGACAUAGUGCCCUCACUGAAGAUUGUCAAGAACAAAGUUUACGCAGUACGCCUGCCAAACUUCAAAGAGUCAACUAACAAAAUAGAAUAUGAGAAAGAAGCCAUUUUGCGAAGGGUAGGCUCAAAAACCGAGCCAGUGAGUGAUGUAGGUGACUUUUACCAGAGAAUCAGAGAUCGAGAUGCACAAAGAGAUGAGGCCGAGAAAAAUCAGUUCCUUCGUGCUCCUGGGACAUGCCAAGACCUCGGAAGGAAACUCACAAUGCUGAUGACAAGUGGAAAGAAGUUCAUUGAAAAGGAAAAAUGGUUCAUACUUGUCACAAACAAAUUCUCACCUGAGGAUCUCUGCCACAUUGAGUGGCUACUUAACAUGAAGAUUUUCUGCGUGUUUGACUUUGACCCAGACUCAAAGAAAUCAGGACUUUGUAGUAAAUACCUUCAGCAUCACACUGCAAACAUGCAUUUUCUGCAGAGCUACAGGAUGCCCAGUGGCAUGGACAUCAAAGAAUUCUCAGACUUCUUGCAUCUUUUUGAGCAAACAAGUUGGAUCUUCUGCAAUGGUCGCACUGACUUCAAAGGAAAUGAAACUCCAUGUGAUGAGAUGACUUGGAUCAAGACAAAAAUUACUCUGCUGCGGGAAUCUGUGUCUUUGAUCUGUAAACAAAUCCUACCAAAAGGGGCAUUUCAAGUCAUCUUUCUUCUCACCUCUCCAGUGGACAAGCCGCUCUUGCACACUUUUUAUGAGUUCUUCACAGACAUGGAAGGUCAUGAGGACAUCAUCUGCAUCAGUGAGUCUGAGACCAACUUCCAGAAAUGGCAAAGCUUUGCAGAGGGUUCAUGUGGAACAGCGGUGGUGAACAAUUCAAGUGUUGUUGGGAUGAAAAUGUGCCAUGUCAACGCAACGCUGCAACAUGUACAGCCUGUCAAAGCAUGUGUCAGCAAAUCCCUGCCAGUCUUUGUGAAAGGAACCUGUCUACUUGAAACACAAGUAGAGGAACAGAUGUACUGUUUGGAAAUUCUCACAGUUGAUCACUGUGAUGAAACAAGCAAAGACUUCAUCGACGAAGAAAAAGCCAACAUAGAAAGUCAGUUCUACCAUGGGGGCAGAGUGACUUGGUUGAACUUUUGGCUUGCCGAUCACAAGUAUGUUGGGGAGGUGAUUGAAAGAGAUGCAUAUGAAGAAACAUCAAAAUUUCUAAAAAAUGCUUUGAAAUACAAUGCAGAUCAAACUCCAGUGAUCGUUAUUAACAUCUAUCACCAUCCAGGCAGUGGUGGAAGCACUGUGGCCAGACAGGUACUGUGGAAGUACAGGAAAGAGCUGAGGUGUGCUGUUGUGAAGCCUUCAUACUCAGCAGGUGUUGUUGCUCAGCAUGCUGUUCAGUUGAGAGAACAUACAGAAAAAGAUCCACAGUCGUGUCUGCCCGUGCUGCUUCUGAUUGAAGACUCAAACAAAGAGUAUCUUGAUGAUCUCAGGAAUGAACUGGAGGUUGCCAUUAACACCAAACAAAUCCAGUAUGAAACUCUGUGUUUCAUUUUACUGAGCUGCAGACGUUCAAAUGAUCCAGAAAAGAGAUGCAAGGAGUCUCCCCUGCAGAAUGUGUCUGUCACUCACAAACUGUCAGCUGAAGAGAAGAGAAAGUUUGCUGGAAAGCGACAGGUCCUUCAGGAGCAAUACGAUCCAGACUUCAUCUUGACAUUUGUUUUAAUGAGCAAUGAAUUCAAUGUUGAUUAUGUUCAACAGUUUGUGGAACAUUUGCUCCAAGACAUUGACCGAAGCUCUGUUGUCACGCGCCUCAUUCACUAUGUGGCAUUGCUCAACACCUACGUUCAGAAUUCUUUCAUCUCUCAGUCCCAUUGUGAAGCAUUGCUUGCUUUACACAUUCACCUGGAAAGGUUUCGCCAGCAUCUCUUUGAGAAAUCCCUCAGUGAACAGGCUAAAUUAGUGUUUUUGCAUCUCAGAGAUGACAAGACACACAUUGAAUCAAUCAGAAUCAUUCAUCCCCUUGUUGCGAAAGAAAUCCUCCAGCAACUUCUGGGACCCCAACAGACCCAUUGCAGUUUGGCGUUUGAUUUGCUCCAUGAAAAUGUGCUUUUUGAGCACAGGUUUGGAAAGGCUGACUACCUGUCUUUUUUGAGACAACUUUUCUUGACAAGAUCUAAAAUAAGCAAAGGAGAUAAAUACGAUAGUUCUUUUUCUCCCCUCAUUGACCAUGUACGGGAAAAGGAAAAAAGCCCAGACAAAGCAAUUGAGUUGCUCAAGGAAGCAUUCCACCAGUUCGACGAUGAUCCAUUCUUUGCACAACAGCUUGCUCGUCUGCAUUACACUUAUGAAAAGUUUGAAGAAGCCAGAUAUUGGGCUGAAACUGCAGCUAAACAACUGCCCAAUAACUCGUACAUCCUUGACACUAAAGGGCAAGUGUACAGAAAAUGGUUCCAAGCAAAGUGCAAAGCCAUUGAGAAUAAACCAAAAACUGCGGAAAACACAGCGAAUGCUGUGGAGACGGCACUGAAAGCUCUUGAGUGUUUUCAAGAAUGUGAAAGAGCAGCAAACAAAGAAAUGGACAAAAUGAACAGUUAUGGAUUUUUUGCUGAAGUUGAGGUUGGCUGCAGCCUCUUGAAGCUCAUCUCUUCUUUGCAAGUGUUUGCCAACAAAGGUAAUGGCCAUUCAGAGUGCAUGAAGUACCUGGUGACGGAUUACAUUCCCGAGGAAGUAAAAGAUGCUUGGGAACCAUUUCAUGAUCAGAUGAAAAAACUCAACAAGUCAAUGCAAGAUGCUUUGGAAUGGAUUUCCGAGGAUCUGAGUUACUUUCAGACAGAUGUGUCUUCAGACGAAGUUGAGAUUCCAGAAAGUCCUGAAGAGAAGAUAAGUUUGACUUGGUUGGCAAAAAAGUCUUCAGAGUAUGGGAAGUAUUUCAGUGAAGCAUAUUCUUCUGCGUUCCUGCAACAUGGGCAGCCCAUCCAUCAAGCUAAUCUAACUCCUUUCCAAAAACGUAUGCUCAUCUAUUAUCUUGGAGGGGGUAAUAUCACAUCUGUCCUCUCCAAGCUUACUGAUCAAAGCAAUAAAGUGUGCCUACUUGAGGAUAUUCUUUCUCUUUACCCAAGCAAUGCUUUGAAGGCCAACUUUGGUCAAAGGGAUAUUGUCAAUUACAUAACAACACAGAUCUCCCUGAACUGCUUGUCACCUCAAAACAAAAAGAUAGCACCACUGAAGGACUUACAGGCACUCUGUCAUCAGUUUCCCACUGACAAGAGAAAAUGUUUGCCAGGUGCGCUGUUUUUGCUGACCUUGCUCUUCUGGCCUGAGGACAAUGAUACCAACCAUGAGAAAGAAAGAAAGUAUGAAAUUGUCCAGUCAGCUGUGGAACACUUGGAAAAAGGCUACAAGACCAAGAUGAAAGACAUCCCUCAGAGGCAAAGAAGGAUUUACACCCACUUUUUCCUUGGAAAUGGGAAUGGGCUGGAUAAAUUUGUCCACAAGAGGAAAGUUCAAAGAGUGACCAAGUGGAGCUCAGUCUCAGAGAAGCGCAUGAAGUGGCUUAGUGGUGAAGCAUGGAAAAUGCCUGAGAUCACAAACAUGAUGAAACAAGUUUCUGGAUGGACUGAAGAUGGAAAGUUGUAUCUUGAAGGCCCUCAGAAAAAGAAGUUCAGUAUCCUGCCUCUUUACAUCCCUUCAGUGCCUCAUAGCAAUGAAAACAUUACCUUCUAUUUGGGGUUCACCCUCAGAGGUCCCGUUGCAUACAACAUCAGUGUGAAAAAGUAGUGCUGAAAAUGCCAGAGGGUGAAAGACUCUCAUGCCAGUGUCUAGUCUCCACUUCAGCACCGGAAGCUUAAAGGGAUUAAUGAAAUUCACACAAGCUUUGAAGCUCAUGAUCAUUAAAACAAAAUGAAAGUCAUGUGAAAGUUUGCUUUGCAAGCUGUACGAUAAAUAGUUUAAGAUUUGUCUGUUGGUGUUUUUUUUUUUUUUUUUAAUGUAUAUGGAUACAAGAGCACUUAAUGCAAGCAGUGUCAUGUAAAAAAUUGUAAAUAUAAUCAUAGUGCCCUUGUGGUUUGUUUUCAAUCAUCCCUUGUAUGAAAAUGCAGAUGCAAUGAAAAAGAUUGCCCAAUAAUUAACAACAAAUGUACCGAUUGCGUCAUUGUUCAGUCAGCUGCCUCAUUCAGUUUUAACAGUUUUAACUGAUUGUGUCACAUCAGUGUAUUCCAUUAACAUGUGUGGUUGUAUUUUUAAGGAGUCAUGUAAAGUCUAAAAUGUAAUGGUAUCAACUAAUUAAGCAUGAGCGUAAGAGUCACUGUUGAAAAAAGAUUGUAUGCAUUUUGUGCGAAAGAGAAUCUAACCAUGUUGAAGUUUCAAACUCAAGAUAAAACUGCAAAUGCAAAAUUUGGUUUUUGAAUGGAUGUAUUUUUUUUCUUCUUAUUCACUAACUGUUCUGUCAUUGAAAAUAAAUGCAACAUAUUGAUA